CAUUCAUCUUCCUUAGUCAAUUUGUAACUAAACCUUCCAAUUCUCUCUCUCUCUCUCUCUCUCUCUCUCUGCAAAUGUCUCAAGUCCUCUCAAAAUCUCCUAAACACUGUGCCAAUAAGCAAGGUUUCACCAUUAAAAAGCAACACAAGAAGUUUUUCUGUAUCUUUUCAUCAUUCUUCACUUCAAUUCUUUCACUUAUUCUCCUUCUUUGGCUUAUCCUUCACCCUUCAAAACCUCAAGUCACUCUCAAAGAGGCCGAUAUCUAUCAGCUAAAUCUCUCUGACUCUCACCUUCUCAAUUCCUCCAUGCAAUUCACAUUAUUAUCCAAAAACCCUAAUCAAAAAGUUGGCAUUUACUACGACCAGAUACAAAUUUAUGCGGCGUACAAAGGCCAACAGAUCACGGUUGAUACUCUUCUUCCACCUUUCUAUCAAGGCCACCAAGAUAGCAAUUUGUUAACGGCAUCUUUGGUUGGGACGGGGCUCCCUGUGGCGCCUUCGUUUGGCUAUGAAGUGGGACGAGAUCAAACAGCGGGAAAAUUUGUUGUGAAUGUAAAGAUGAAUGGGAAGUUGAGGUGGAAAGUUGGAACAUGGGUUUCUGGACAUUACAGGUUUAAUGUUAAUUGUGUUGCGGUUUUGCCUUUUGGACCAACUCUUCCAACACCUCCUCUAACUUCAAAUCAAGGCACUCUCUGUUCUACUAGCGUUUGAAUUACGAUUCACUAACAUAUUAAGUUUCUAUACACUAGUGUUGUUUCUUUCAUUUUUGGUGUUAAUUUGCUUUUCUAUCAUCAGCUUGUCAAUUAAUGGUGUUUUCCCAUAUGAAAUAAUCAAUACGUGUUGGUGGAUUUUAAAAUUUUCA